AUGCUCGCCCUGGGCCCCAUGACUGCUUACGCCGGCUUCCCCGUUGCCAGCGUAGAGUUCCUCUCCUGGGAGACCUGCGAUGCCGGUGCUCCCGCCAAGGGCGAGGCCAAGUUCAAGGCCGACGUGACUGCCACCCCGGUGACUUGCGACAAGACCACCGUCAACCGUGACUGGAGCAUCAACAACUACUCGUUCCGCGCACACCUGGACACCAAAGACACUGCCUGGUGCCACGGCGUCACCAUCUGGAACAACGAUGGGUGCAGUGGCAAGCCCGUGCACUUCCUGCCCUUCGAACACGGCCCCUUCGCCGAAGGCAGGUGCUUGCCCGACAUUCUCGAGCCUGGUUACGUCUCCUUCAAGCUGGACUGCUUCGGAUUCCCGGGAGGCGCAUAG